CUGCCCAGCGAUUGGUUGGGAGGCACCACAAAUGCCUAACAAACUGCUGAAGCGCCCUCCGAAGGGACAGACCUCGUCUCCACCCCGCCCCGUCCCUCCGCCAGACUGGAGCGCAAACUAUGGUCGCAUUGAUCACUGAAGGAUCCUCACAGCAACCGCUCCUUUCCGGAGUCGGGUGAGAGGAGAGUUGUGAUUGGCAAUUGGCAGGGGCGGGGCGGGCUAGGCCUGUAGCGCUGGGCGACCGUCCUGGGCAUGGAUUGGGCCGCGGGGUUGUCACCGUUAUCCGGGAGGCGUGGUCAGCACUAAUAAAGGCGGGGGCCAGCGCGGCAGCUGCAGUAAGUUCCACCGCAGCUAGACCGCGGGGUGGUCAGCGCGAGGCGCAGCUCGGCAGUUCCGUCCACUUCAGCCGCAGCGUCCCUGGCCGGGUGUCUCGCCGCAGCCUCCGGAGAGGAACAGACCCUCAUUCUCUCUGUCAGAAAAAUGUCUGCUCCAGCUCAGCCACCUGCUGAAGGGACAGAAGGGACUGCCCCAGGUGGGGGUCCCCCUGGCCCUCCUCCUAACAUGACCAGUAACAGACGACUACAGCAAACCCAGGCACAAGUGGAGGAGGUGGUGGACAUCAUGCGUGUGAACGUGGACAAGGUCCUGGAGAGGGACCAGAAGCUGUCAGAGCUGGAUGACCGAGCUGAUGCCUUGCAGGCAGGAGCAUCACAAUUUGAGAGCAGUGCUGCAAAGCUAAAGAGGAAGUAUUGGUGGAAAAACUGCAAGAUGAUGAUCAUGCUGGGAGCCAUCUGUGCCAUCAUCGUGGUAGUUAUUGUAACCCCAGGAACAUCAGUGCAAGAAGGAAGAGACUGCUGGCAAAGAUGACUCCCAAGGCUGUUCUCCGCUCUGUAGGUUUGGAAUAAAAAGAGAGAAAUACCUACGCAUGCCAGGAGUAUGGUAGACACUGGACAGACAUGAAGACCUUUUUCUAAUGGGUCAGGAUAGAUUUAGGCUGGACCACAGAGAGGUUAGAGUGUUCUGGGGUUUUCCAAGGAUAGGACGGUUGCCCCUAAUUUUCUCUGGACUUGGCUGUUUCUUCUUGGAGACUCAAAGAAGCAGGGCACAGAGUAUUGGAUUAAUGGGCCCUGGGGAACCCUGUCAUCAUGUUCUCAAUUUCUUGUGCCCUCGAGGAUGUACUGAGCUGGAGAGGGCAAGUACUGGGUUUACUAAUAAGAUCAUGAACAAAUGAUGCAUCCCUGAGCUUUACCCCUGAAGCACCAGAGCAGCCUAGCCUUUCACUGGGAGAAAACCGGGUUUUGGCUUGAUAAGACUACAGUGGACAGCACCCAUGUACAGAAUAGCAUCAUGUGUCUUAUUUCCUCACGGCAGCCCAGUGAGAUGAGAACGAUCUCCAUUUUGGAAAUAACACAGGUUGUCUGUGUGCCUGGACCUUCAGGUAGGGGCUGCGAAGCAUUCUCUUGUGGACUCAGGGUUUUUGUUGUUGUUGUUGUUUUUGAGACGGUGUCUCACUCAGCUGCCCAGGCUGGAGUGCAGUGGCGCAGUCUCAGCUCACUGCAACCACCGUCUCUCAGGUUCAAGUGAUUCUCCUGUCUCAGUCUCCUGAGUAGCUGGGAUUACAGGCACCUGCCAACAUGCCUGGCUAAUUUCUCUAUUUUAGUAGAGAGGGGGUUUCACCAUGUUGGCCAGGCUGGUCUUGAACUCCUGACCUCAGGUGAUCCACCUGCCUUGGCCUCGCAAAGUGCUGGGAUUACAGGCAUGGGCCUUCGCACCUGGCCUGACUCAGGGGUUUUUAGGAAGAAAGGACCAAGGCCUAGGGGUGCCCUGAGGUGACCAGUGUGGAUGGAGGUGGAUUUGUUCCCUUCCUUCUUCUGUCCCCCAUAUCUUACCACUUUAGAAAAGCAAAACUUUCUGUGACUUGCUUUUCUUUUCUUUUUUUUUUUUUUUUUUUGAGAUGGAGUUUCGCUCUUGUUGCCCAGGCUGAAGUGCCAUGGUGUGAUCUCGGCUCACCGCAACCUCUGCCUUCCGGGUUCAAGCGAUUCUCCUGCCUCAGCCUCCCUCGUAGCUGGGAUUACAGGCACCCGCCACCAUGCCCAGCUAAUUUUGGUAUUAGUAGAGUCGGGGUUUCACCGUGUUGACCAGGCUGAUCUCAAACUCCUGACCUCAGGUGAUCCACCGACCUCGGUAUCCCAAAAUUCUGGGAUUACAGGCAUGAGCCACCACACCUGGCCUUGCUUUUCAUUUUCUUACCUGCAGUUCGCACAGUCCCCUGGGGGCUCAGGGGCAAGUUCAGCGUCGGGUGCCAGAGAGCCUCAUUCUUGGCGACCCUGGGAGUCUUCAUCACCAAGGAGAUGCUAGGUCCCCCUCCAGAGACCUGCACGUUGGCCAUGAACCAAGCUGCUGUCUUAACAGUGGUCUCUGUCAUCUGGAGAAAGUAGCGGGAGAUCUCACAGGUCACCUCCUUCCCACUGCAGUCAGCAUGGAGCAAGGCCUCGGCCUGGGGAAUCUGGACCAGGUCCACUGGGGAGAAGCAGGGCACACACGGAGGGCAAAUUAGCUUGAGAACACCAGGGCCAACGGGAGGCAGUAUGUGUGGCUGUAAUCGGGACCUGGGCUGUCCUGGUGGAGGGAGCCCAGGAGGACCAAGGACACAGGUGGAAGGCUUUUACCUGAGGCCUCGAAGAUAAUAGGUGGGUCAUCUUGGGCCAGCGUGCCCCCUUGGAAAUCGGUGAAGUCCUCCAGGGAGCCAUCGUCCAGCACUGGCACCUGCUUCAGCACAAGGGAGGCCCUUGCCCUGUCCUCACUGCUGGCAAGAGCUCCACGGUGCGCACCGUCCUUCGCCAGGAAGCAGUCUAGGACCACAUUCACUGCCCGCCACUGCCCCUCUGCUGGGUGGGGCUCUGCAGACAAAGGCUGGGGUGAGCACCCCCUUCCCCAGAAAGCUACUCCACACUUGCUUCCUGCCCCCGCCCUCAAACUGUGGAGUCAUCAAAGGGUAAAAGUUGCCAUCCAAGAUCCUAGCUGUUUCUGUGUCCCUCUAUUUUCCCGUCAUCCCCAAACCAGCUUUCUGGAGAGCACCUGCUAGUCCAGGCAGAUACUUCUUGGUGAGAGUUAAAGUCCUGGAUUUGCCUUGCUCAGAGGAGUUUAUACUUGCAUUUCCAACUGUUGAAUAAAAGACUAUCUUUUCAGUCAAA